CCCGCUCUUGCAACACCACCCCCGCCACUCUCCCUUCCCCUCCUACCUCUCUCCCCUCAGCUUAAAUUUUCUCCGAGUUUUCCGAACUCUGGCUCAUGAUCGGGCCUACUGGGUACGAGGUCCUAGAGGACCGGACCCUGAUCUCUACCUACCUCUGACUUUCAGCUUUUCUAACCCGAGGCCCAGGCUGCCAUCGCCGGGGCCACUGGGUCCGAACGUCUUACUUCAUUCACCAGCGUUGCCAAUUGCUGCCCUGUCCCCGGCCCCAAUGGGGGAGUGAGAGGCCACUGCCGGCCGGACAUGGGUCUCCCCACCGUGCCUGGCCUGCUGCUGUCACUGGUGCUCCUGGCUCUGCUGGUGGGGUUACAUCCAUCAGGGGUCACUGGACUGGUCCCUUCUCUUGGUGACCGGGAGAAGAGGGAUAAUUUAUGUCCCCAGGGAAAGUACGUCCAUCCUAAGAAUAAUUCCGUCUGUUGCACCAAAUGUCACAAAGGAACGUACUUGGUGAAUGACUGUCCAAGCCCAGGGCGGGAUACAAUCUGCAGGGAGUGCGAUAAAGGCACCUUUACGGCUUCCCAGAACCACCUCAGACAGUGCCUCAGUUGCAAAACAUGUCGGAAAGAGAUGUUCCAGGUGGAGAUUUCUCCAUGCAGAGCUGACAAGGACACCGUGUGUGGAUGUAAGGAGAACCAGUUCCAGCGCUACCUGAGUGGGACGCACUUCCAGUGCGUGGACUGCAGCCCUUGCUUCAAUGGCACCAUUACAAUCCCCUGUAAGGAGACUCAGAACACCGUGUGUAACUGCCACGCAGGAUUCUUUCUAAGCGGAAAUGAGUGCGUCUCUUGCAGCCACUGCAAGAAGAAUCAGGAGUGUAUGAAGUUGUGCCUACCUCCGGUUGCCAAUGUCACAAACCCCCAGGACUCAGGUACUGAGGUGCUGUUGCCCCUGGUCAUCUUCCUAGGUCUUUGCCUUUUAUCCUUUAUAUUCUUCAGUUUAAUGUGCCGAUAUCCCCAGUGGAAGCAUAGGAUCUAUUCCAUCAUUUGUGGGGAUUCAGUGCCUGUCAAAGAGGUGGAGGAGGUUGAAGGAGUUGUUACUAAGUCCCUAACUCAAGCCCCUACCACAGCCUUCAGCCCCACCUCUGGCUUCAACCCCACUCUGGGCUUCAACCCCACCCUAGGCUUUAGUCCUCCUGUCUCCAGUACCCCUAUCAGCCCCGUCUUUGGCCCUAGUAACUGGCACUUCAUGCCACCUGUAAGAGAGGUAGUUCCAACCGAGGGUGCUGACCCUCUGCUCUACGGGUCACUCAACUCCGUGCCAGUCGCCACCCCUGUUCAGAAAUGGGAAGACUCCGCCCACCCUCAACGUCCUGACACUGCAGACCCUGUGACGCUGUAUGCUGUGGUGGAUGGUGUGCCUCCGACGCGCUGGAAGGAGUUCAUGCGGCUCAUGGGGCUGAGCGAGCACGAGAUCGAGCGGCUGGAGCUGCAGAAUGGGCGCUGCCUGCGCGAGGCCCAGUACAGCAUGCUGGAAGCCUGGCGGCGCCGCACACCACGCAACGAAGCCACGCUGGACGUAGUGAGCCUCGUGCUUUCCAAGAUGGACCUGCAUGGAUGUCUGGAGAACAUCCAGGAGGCUCUGAGAAGCCCCGCCUCCUCGUCCACAACCCGCCUCCCGCGAUAAGGCCACACCCCCAUCUCAGGAGAGGGUCUUGAAGGACCGUGGCCUGCUUCCCUGUGGACCUCCUCUUGGGUGGAAAGGAGGCAAAGGUCUCUAAGGGGCAGGCUCGAGCUGGCAGCCACUUCCUUGGUGCUACCGAUGUGGUGUACAUAGCUUUUCUCAGCCGCCGAGGACUGCCUGAGCCAAUCACUUGUGCACCUCAGAGAGAUGUGCCAUCUGCUCCCUGCCAGCCGAGGGUGCCAAAAACCGAAACAGGUGAUUGUAGAGGAAAGGCACAAUACAUCUGAUGCCCACUUGGGAUGCAUAGGGCCCAAGCAAAGCUUCUCAGGGCCUCCUCAGUUGAUUUUCUGGACCUUUUCCACAGUAGAUAAGCAAUCUUUGUAUCAAUUAUAUCACACUAAUGGAUGAACUGUCUAAGGUAGGGGCAAGCACAGAACAGUGGGGUCUCCAGCUGGAACCCUCGACUCUUGUAAAUACACUAAAGUCUAAAAAUGACCUCUGA